UCGCCGCGCACCCCGUAGAAGUCGUUCUCCCAGGACGCCCGCGGGGCCCCCAGGCCAGCGAAGUGACACGGCCCUCGGCACCGCCCCGGCACCGCCCCAGGCGUCCCCCGCGCCGGUGACACUGCGGCAGGCGGCGGGCGCGUUGCCAUGGCGGCCGACCGCGCGUAGCUGGUGGUGCCCAGAGCGGCCCAGCGGGCGCAGAGGCGGCGGCCAGCCUCGGAGGGGACCUGCCGGGAGAGGACCCCAGGGGAGCCAGCUGCCGGGCAGGGACCCACGGGGGCGCGCGGACCUGCGAGGGGCGCGGACCUGGCCGCAGCACCAGCCCGCCGCGCAGGCCGGGCGGAGCGCGCAGGAUGCAGGCCAUGGACCCUGCCGCCGUGAGCCUCUAUGAGGAGGACGGCAAGGACCUGGACUUCUACGACUUCGAGCCGCUCCCCACCCUGCCAGAAGACGAGGAGAACGUGUCGCUGGCCGACAUCCUCUCCCUGCGGGACAGCGGCCUCAGCGAGCAGGAGGCCUGGGCCGUGUGCCUGGAGUGCAGCCUGUCCAUGCGGAGCGUGGCCCACGCCGCCAUCUUCCAGACGCUGUGCAUCACACCGGACACGCUGGCCUUCAACACCAGCGGCAACGUGUGCUUCAUGGAGCAGCUCAGUGAUGACCCCGAGGGUGCCUUUGUUCCCCCAGAGUUUGACCUGACUGGGAACACCUUUGAGGCUCACAUCUACUCUCUGGGGGCGACCCUGAAGGCUGCCCUGGAGUACGUGGCGGAGCCUGAGCUGGAGCCCAGGCUGAGCCCAGACCUGGAGGCGCUGCUGAACCAGAUGCAGGCAGAGGACCCCAGAGACAGGCCUGACCUGGAGAGCAUCAUAGCACUGUGUGAGGAGAAGGUGCAACCCGUAUCCUCGUGCCGUCUGUGCCGGAGCCUCUCAGCCGUCGGGAGGAGGGUGCUCUCCAUUGAGUCCUUCGGAGCAUUCCAGGACGUCGGCGAGAGUAGCUGGAAGGGAAGACCUGCCUCGAGAAGCUCAGGGCCCAGGAGGCCGCCCGGGGACUCCAGCGCUGACCCAGAGGCCCUGCCCGCCCCGGAGGGCCAGCCCCAGCCCCAGCCCACUGCACAUGAAGACACAGAGCAGGAGCCCAGCAGGGGCCCCAGACCCCAGCCCACCAAGCCACUGCUGUCAGCCUCCAUGAGAAAUGGCGAGAAGCCCAGCCGGGAAGGGCUGGCCAGCCUCGUCCUCGACAGCAAGUGCCCCCUCCACGAGCUGGACAAAGACAUCCUCAGGCGGAGCCUGAGGAAGGUACAGACGUUUCCCAGGCUGCUGCCUGAGGGCCCCGAGGCCAGUGCUCUCUGCCUAUCACUGACCAGCUCAAGGAGACAGCUGACCAUCUCCGAACUCUCCCACCCUGAUCCCAGGAAGGUCUUUCUGGAGGGGAAAAAUGGCCUUCCUAGCUUCAAGGCACAGCCCACAAGUAGACUGUGGCCCGAGCAGGAACCCCCGCUCCAGCCAGAAGGGGCACCAGAUUCAGCGGACAGGGAGCCGGGGUCCUCAGGACAACCAGAGACCCCACUCUCCGGCCAGCGGCCUGCAGGAGAAAGCCCCCUACCCUGUCCCAUGGACCCCAGAGAUGCAGGCCAUGAAGCCCAGACUCCAGGGGACGACGAGGGGAUUCCAGAAGGAGCCGGGCAGCCAGAGAGUGCAGCCACAGAGCAGAGCCUGUCCCUGCAGGACCUCCUGUGCCAGCUGGACCGGCCCCUCCGGGAGUACGAGCUGUGGGCGCUGUGCCUGGCCUGCCUGCGCGCCCUGCAGACCCACACCCAGCACCCAGCCUGCCUGUGCCUGGACAAUGUGCUGCUGGCCGAGGACGGGGCUGUGCUCUUCGGGCCGCCCCCUGCCAAUGGCGCUUACAACUCGCUCUUUCUGGCUCCCGAGGUGGCAGAGGAAAAGCUGGUGACAGAGAAGGCGUCCGUGUACUGCGUGGCCGCCAUCCUGUGGACUGCAGCCAAGUUCAGCGUGCCCCGUGAGCACAAGCUGGCCCUGCCUCGCAGGCUCAAGACCCUCCUGCUGGACAUGGCCAGGCGCCACGCCCCCGAGCGGCCAUCUGUGGCCGAGGCCAUCAAGCCACCUCUCUGCCCUCAGGUGUGUGGCAGCUAUCUCCUUCAGCGAGGCAUGGACAGCAGAAAGAUCCUCACCCACCUGCGGGUGUCCACCUGCAAGGAGGAAGAGACAACUGGUCUCCAAGACACCUUCUCUGUGGUUGAACUGAAGCCCCGGGCAGCACCUGCUCCUGAGACCAGCCCAGCCACCCGCGGCCCAGGCUUCCUGCCAGGCAGUAGUGACACCAGGCUCGUGGCUGUGCCAGGGCCCACGCCUCACCUGCCCUCCAGCGAAGGAGCCAGCGAGCCGCCAGAGGCCUUCAGCACCAGAGCCACGCACUUUAAACCCCUCGUCCUCACGCAAGACGCAGGUGUGGCCAGGGACCAGCUUGCUGUGUCCUCAGGGCCAGUCGACCACCCUAAGGAGAGGAGCAGCCAGCUGGACACGGAGGGCCAGGGGAAGCAGGUGUUCCAGGGCCUCUCCAGGGUCACCAGCCUGGAAACACCUGGUCACCCAGUGCCUGGUCCAGGGCCACAGGGAGCAGCCCCAGAGCCUGUCAGGGACGGGGGAGGCUCCUGCCAACCAGGCCCCGACCCCGCCAACCAGUCGGAGGGAGCCACGUCGGUGGUGCCUGGCCCUCCUGGCCCCGCCCCGCCCCAGAAGGCCCUGACACUGCAGCCCGACCCAGGGCCAGACGGGCAGGCCCCAGCUGGAGCCUCGCUGCCCCCAGGGCCCUCCUCGGCCAGCCACGGCCCUCCUCAUCCAUGCAAGCCACCCAGGAGCAAGGCCACAGAGUCAGAGGGCCCCCGGCCAGUCCAACGGAGCCCCGCCCCGGCUGCACUGGGUCCAGACAACCCCAGGGGCCCAGAGAGUCACCCUGAGAGGCCCCGGACAGCAGACCGAAAACUCCCUCCGUCCAGCGUGGACGCCCCACUGCCCGCCACGAGGACGGCCUGCCCCUCGCUGCAGGAGACCAUGCGCCUCAUCAGGGAGGAGUUUGCUUUCGACGGCUACCUGGACAACGGGCUGGAGGCUCUGAUCAUGGGAGAGUAUAUUUACGCCUUGAAAGACCUCACCUUCGCCACCUUCUGUGGCGCCAUAUCUGAGAAGUUCUGCGACCUCUACUGGGACGAGCGACUGCUGCAGAACCUCUUCAGGGUGGUCAACCAGCCGGCCUCGCCCUCUGACAGUACUUCCGAGGAGCCGGGGUCUCAGCCUGAGAGCUCAUCCGGUUCAACGAUCGGCAAAAGACCCUCACUCCACGGACUGGGCAAAGAGAAAGUGGCAGGAGCCCGGGGCAGCGGGGGCCCCUGCUCACCCCCCACACAGUCGGACAGAGACUCCGAUGCACUCUCACAGGGAAACUUUGAGGUGGGAUUUCGGCCUCAAAAGUCAAUAAAAGCUACUCGAGAGGGUCAGCCUGAAGUGGACGGGCAGCAAGACCCUGUCCCAGAGCCUGCCAGCAGGGCCUCGGACGUGGACACAGUGUCUCAGCUGGCCAGGCCCAAGGACUGUGGCCCUGCAGGGCCUCUGGGUCCAGCUGAGUUCCAGAGCUGCAGCCCUGGCUGGUCCAGCGCCUUCUACGAGGCUGACUGCUUUGGAGCUGAUGUCCACAACUACGUGAAGGGUCUGGGCAUGCGGAAGGCCAGCGGGCACCCAGAGCCUGAAGCCGAGAGCCCCGAGCUGGAGCAGCAGCUCCUGAUAGAGAAAAGAAACUACCGGAAGACGUUGAAGUUCUACCAGAAACUCCUGCAGAAGGAAAAGCGCAACAAAGGCUCUGAGGUAAAGACCAUGCUGUCCAAGCUGCGAGGGCAGCUGGAGGAGAUGAAGGCCAAGGUGCAGUUCCUCAGCCUGGUCAAGAAGUACCUGCAGGUCAUGUACGCGGAGCGCUGGGGCCUGGAGCCCUGGGCCCUGCCGGUGAUCGUGAACCUGGCGGCUGCCCCCUGCGACACCUUGGACUUCAGCCCCCUGGACGAGUCCUCCUCCCUCAUCUUCUACAAUGUCAACAAGCCCCCAUGUGGGGGCCGGCAGCAGAAGGCCCGCAUCCUGCAGGCCGGCACACCGCUGGGGCUCAUGGCCUACCUGUACUCCAGCGACGCCUUCCUGGAGGGCUAUGUCCAGCAGUUCCUGUACACCUUCCGGUACUUCUGCACGCCCCAGGACUUCCUGCGCUUCCUCCUGGACCGCAUCAGCAGCACCCUGUCCAGGGCCCACCAGGACCCCACCUCAACCUUCACCAAGAUCUACAGGCGGAGCCUCUGUGUCCUGCAGGCCUGGAUUGAAGACUGCUACACCGUGGACUUCACCAGGAACACGGGGCUGCUGGGGCGGCUCGAGGACUUCAUCUCCUCCCAGAUCCUGCCCCUGGAUGGUUCUGCGGAGCACCUGCUGGGCCUCCUGGAGGUGGGCACUGACCGGCGGGCUGACGGUUCCCCUCGCGGCACAGACCUGGAGGAUCCCAAGGAGGCUGAGGAGGACGCCAGACCCUUCAAUGCCCUCUGCAAGAGAUUCUCAGAGGACGGCAUCUCCCGGAAGAGCUUCUCCUGGAGGCUGCCCCGGGGCAACGGGCUGACACUGCCGCACCACAAAGAGCGUCAGUACAGCAUCGCGUCCGCCUUGCCCAAGCCCUGCUUCUUUGAAGAUCUCUACGGCCCCCACACCAAGGCCAGCGAGAAGGGGUCCUGCUUCCUGGCGGAGCACAGCGCGCACCAGCUCUUCACACAGCUGACGCUGAUGCAGCAGGAAUUGUUUCAAAAAUGCCACCCCGUCCACUUCCUGAACUCACGGGCCCUGGGAGUCGUGGACACAAGUGGAACCAUCCCCAGAACCAGCUCUUCGGAGUCUCUGUCGGCCAAAACCUGCAGCCUGUUCCUGCCCAACUACGUCCAGGACAAGUACCUGCUGCAGCUUCUACGGAACGCAGACGACGUCAGCACCUGGGUGGCCGCCGAGAUAGUGACCAGCCACACCACCAAGCUGCAGGUGAACGUGCUGUCCAAGUUUCUGCUGGUUGCGAAGUCUUGCUAUGAGCAGAGGAACUUUGCCACGGCCAUGCAGAUCCUGGGCGGGCUGGAGAACCUGGCCGUGAGGCAGUCCCCUGCCUGGAGAACCCUGCCCGCAAAGAUUGCAGAGGUCCUGGAGGAGCUGAAAGCUGUGGAGGUGUUCCUGAAGAGCGACAGCUUGUGUCUGAUGGAAGGCCGGCGUUUCCGGGCCCAGCCCACCCUGCCCUCAGCCCGCCUCCUGGCCAUGCACAUCCAGCAGCUAGAAACAGGGGGCUUCACCAUGACCAACGGAGCCCACAGGUGGAGCAAGCUCAGGAACAUAGCCAAGGUGGUGAGCCAGGUCCACGCAUUCCAGGAGAACCCCUACACGUUCAGCCCUGACCCCAAGCUGCAGUCUCACCUCAAGCAGAGGAUCGCCCGCUUCAGCGGGGCCGACAUCGCCAUCCUGGCAGCAGACAACAGGGCCAAGCUGCACCAGAUCCCGAGCGAGAAGCACUCUCGGAAGAUCCAGGACAAGCUGCGGAGGAUGAAGGCCACAUUCCAGUAGCCAGGGGCGUAGCCAGGGCGGUCCAAGCAGGACCAGACCGACGGGAGGUGGCUGAGCGCCCGGAGCCCUGCAGAACCCGGACUUCCACCAGGUCCGGAUCUGGAGGUGGAGCUCGGAGGAACUUGCCCAAGUCCCUGCCACAGGGUGUGUGGAGCCUGCAGCCAGUCCCAGCACCAGAGUGGCCCGGCCCUUCCAGGGCACCGUGCAGGGUGGGACAGCAUUCGUUGUGCCCAUUUCUGCUACAACUUGAAACGAAACUAGAAUAAGUAAACCUCCCGAGUUCCAUAUUUACACUAUCUCCACAGACUAAUGGUUCUCCCCUACUCUUUGGUGACUUCCCCCAAAACAACCCAAAACCCACCCACCCUAACCCCACAGGUUCCAAACAUGCUCACACAGCAGUGUUCCCACACCUGCCCAGAAGCAAAGGACCAAAACUGACCCCUGCUCUGGUGGCUCCCAGCUUCUGACCGGGGCCCUGCUGGGGUCAGCUCCCCCACCCACCCACCUGGCCUCCCACAGGUGCCCCACCAUGCCCAGCCAGCCUUCCUGCUGUGGUGGCUGCCCCUCCCCAUGCCUGGUACCCCAGCUGAGAAGAGCUGCCCUGAGGGACAGGUCCAGGCGAAGACUCCAGCCCUCCAGCAGGGUGCAAGGCACCCACAGCAGCUCCAGAGCAGGGAGGCCCCCGAGCUGACAGCACCUACACCUGCCCUGCAGCCGGGGCAGCACCCACGGCCUUUAGCAGCCAAGCAUGUGCACACCCGACCACCGUGUCCCCUGCUCUGCACCAGCACCAGCGCUUUGUCAGACGCGGACAUGAGGCUCGCUCCGUCCGGGUGGUACCAAGCCCCUCUCCAAGCUUGUGGUCUCAGGCAAUCAGUGUUGAGCACUGGCUCAGCGAGUAGAGAGCCCCUCUGGCCAGGGGCUGGGAACACGUGGGGUGCAGUGGGGUCAGGGACCCGGCUGGACCCCACAGGCAUAGGCCCAUCCCAGGCACCACUGCUGGGAGACCCAAGGCUGUCUGUGUUUUAGGGUAGGUGGCUCUCGUGGGCCAGCUAGGGACGUUCCUAGGGCAGCUGUGACCCACGGUAGGCACUGAACCUCCAAGGCUGAGGUGUUUUUCCACGAAUCGGCUGAGAGACAGCCCUGCCUUCGCGGAUGCGAGAGGGAGGCGGUCAUGUGGCCAUCCGUGCACAUGCCCUGUUUCUGGGCUCUGCUGUGAGGACCCUGUGUCCGUGUCGGAUGGUGUGUGUGGCGCAGACAGCGUCCAGCGGGAGGCACUCCGGCGGGGCCAGCGCCCCUGGGGAAGCGGUGGCUUCCGGCUUCAGCACUGUUUGCAUGGCACCCUGAUGUCACGCGGUACGGAUUUCUGAAUAAAGUCAU